AUGAACAAGGUUCUUUCGAGAGAAGUUUCAACUGUCCGUCUUUCAUUCGAGGGAGGUGAAUCUCCUUCGAAUCCAGUAGCGAAUGAUAAUGCGGUCGAACGUUUAACGCAAGCGAUCAAUUCGAACGCAACAGCUGCUGAAGCUUUGCUCUCGAAGAUUUCAAUGAUGCGGGAAAACGCUGUUUCACAAGAAACCAUGGAGGCCUACUUGAACAAACUGCUUGCUGCUGGACCAGACAAAAGACUUCCAUUCUGGGCAAGGUCGAAGAGACUAGCACGCUUCUCCCGAAGAGCUCGUAUGGCAUCCCUGCGAAGGACUCUUGAUUUGACGACACCAGCACCUGAGGCCGAAGAAGAAACAGUAGAACGAAAGCUCGGUCGUCGCCGCCGUGCACUCGUAGCACUACUUCGUUCAAUCUCAACGGAAGAGGGUCUGGAUUCCAAGGAGCCGGUUAUCGUAACGAUUGAAAACAGAGCUCGACUUGCAAGCAAGGAAUCGAAUGAGGAUAUGAAGAGUCGUAUGCCCGAAGGUCUGGAGACCCCAAAUUACGAUAUUGUCGCAACUUCGAAGCACAAUGGACAAACAAUUGAAAUUCGCCGAUACAAACCAUUCUCGGUAUGUGCCGUGAACAUGAACAAGCCUCGACCAGAUGCGGCAAAAGAAACUGACAACAAGGUACGAGUACCUGAAAUCAGCGGGGCUAGUUCUUUUGGAGCAUUGGCUGGAUAUCUUUUUGGAAAGAACGACCAAUCAACAGCUAUGAAAAUGACAACUCCAGUGUUCACAUCUCCAAUUGAACAAGGUGACAAGCAAAUGGAAUUUGUCCUCCCUUCGAGCUACUGGGAUGACGAUAGCUUGGGAACGGCUCCCAAGCCUCUAUCGGGGAGUGGUGUAAGCUUGCAACAACGGGUGUCGCAAGAUAGAGCAGUACUUAUGUUCGGUGGAUAUGCCUCAAAGAAGGAAGUUGCUAAGCGCAAAAGAGAACUCAUGGCUGCGCUAAAGAAGGACAAGCAGUGGAAAGCAGAAGAAGAUGAAGCAACUACAGCGCAAUACAAUGAUCCCUUCACUGUUCCAUGGCGCCGUCUCAAUGAAGUAUCAAUCAAAGUAGUACCAAAGUAA